AUGCUGUCAACAAAAAAUAAUAAAGAUAUGCGAUAUGCCACAAAACAGACUCCAGAGCAGCGAAUAAAACAAAAACUAGCAAUAGCUGCAUCCAAUGUAAGCAGUAGCACCGACGACGAAAUGAUAAUGGGUCCUAAAGAGGAUGAUGGCGAAGGCACAAGCGGUUUGGAAAUGCAAAGACCAGCGAAUAAUAUACCACAAGCACCCAACAGCAGCGAAAGUGAAAUGAACGUUGACGUCAAACAAACCAAACCCCAAAAAGUUGACAAGAAAAGACGACGAGAAGGAAGAAAAGACGAAACGGCCGCAUAUGCAGCACAUACAACAAUGUGCAAGAAGGCCCUCGUGAUGAUGGACAAAAUAGGUUCUUUAAUAGUCAGAUUCUGA